UAAAAAUUGAAAAUGGCGGCAAUAUACAGGCUUUAUUGGAUAUUGGGUCAAAUUGUUUAGUUUCUUGUUGCAAAUAGAGUUAAAAUGAGCGAAUUCAGGAUACAUCACCAUGUUUCGCAGCUCUUGGGCUUAUUAGGGUGAGUCACUUAAACAAAUCAUGUCAUGAAGUGUCCUUGCUUUGCAGACUUUCGGUUGCUGCUAGAUCGAGGUAAACAAAUUGGCUUAUUUUUACAUUUAUUGCGUAUUGCAGGCAUCUAUAUAAAAUGUUACUUAAUUUUUUAGGGAGAUAGGAGGGUAUUUUUGUUUUCGCCGCCGCAAGAGGUUAGCUUAUUCAGCAAAGGGUUGAAUUUAACUGAACUCCUCUCGAUCAGCCUUGGAACUAUGUAUGAUUUCGCAUGAAUUUUUAAAACCACAGACUUGCAAUUUCAAUUGGUAUACUUGAAGGAUACUUUUCUUGUCUCUAAAUCACGCUAACUUUGAAAAGAAGAAAAAUAAAUAUAUAUGAAAUGAAAAUCUGAUAAGCUGAUAAGCAUCACACAGUUGAAAUAAUGCUACGUGAUUACUCUAACUUUUGCUUUACUCAGAGCCAGCACAGGAGAUGGCCCUGAAGUGUAUGCUGAAAUGUUGACAAAGAACUUGACCCCUUAUGUGACAACACAGGUAAGAAAUUAGCAGCACAUUUCUAUUAAAGAUUAUUUUACUGUAUAGGCCAACUAAAAUAUUGAUAUUUAAACUGAUAUUUAGAGUAUUUUUACUACAGUUACUAUACUUGUCGAAUCAUUAAAAACAAUGGCACUACAAAUACCAAUUAAUAUGGUAAGGCUAAAUUUAAUUGAAUGAUUCUGAUCUAUGUUGGAGUGGGUAUGUAACAAAUACUCCAUUCAACAGGUUUAUGUACCAUAUAAGAUAAGAGCCUGCUGCUAGAAAACCUCGCUGGUUAUGUUACAUGGUUUUUACCAGCUACAUUGGACUUAUCCCUUUUACCCUUUGGAGUGACUGGCUUCUAAUUUCUCUAAACACUAUACUCCUUGAAUCAAAUGUAAAGGUUAUAAGAAUAAAAGAAAUGAUCAACAAUUUAAGUUCCCGAUUGUCAAACAAAUUGCCCUCAUUAUUGCUAUAGGAAAUGUAGAGGGAAUAGUAUGAAGAAAGUGAAUACUAAUAUUAGGCUGUAACUUGAAUGUUUAAGUCGCAAGAUUAAACUUAAGUAGCUUACAGUUUUCUCAUUGUAUAAUCAGGUAUCAGCUCACGCAGCUAAAAAGAAGAUAGCUGAAACAAGUUCAACUCCAAGGGACUUUUUAAAGAAAUAUGAUGAAUUGAAAUCUAAAAAGUUGAGUGGCAUGAUUCUUUUGUCAUUUAUUGCUGUGUUGUGGUAGUAGUUGUUUUUAGAUUCACUGAAUGCAGGUGAGAUUUGUAGUAUCAACAGAGAAACUCACAACAAAUCAUUACAACAUAGCAUGAUCAAUCGACAUGGCGACCCAGGAAGCAUGAGGUUCUAGCAUUCAUUGCACUCUGACAUAAGCAUAUUCCAACAAGAUUUCAUGCUCAGCUUAUGAUAAUAGUCUUAGUUUGUUAGUUUUAUAUACUAUCAGCUUGGAACAUUUGAGAGGAAUUACCAGUAAAUGUCAAAGGCGAUCAAUGAAUGCUAUUAAAACUUUGUUUUGCUUUUAUUACUUUAAUAAUUGGUCCAGAAAACUCCUGCCAUUCUCUCAAAAAAUCAGAUUCAGAACUAAAACUUCAUCUUUGAUCUAGUCACCCACCCUUUUUCCCAGGAAUUAAGCAGUUUACAUAGUUAUACUUUGGGUUCUCAUUUGAUCCUUGCAGUAUUCUCUUUUCCUUUGAUUUGGUGUAAUUUGUGAUCACUUUGGUUUUGGCUUUAUCUUUUUAUAUCAUUGUUAUCAUUUGUUUAAUAACUGAUGUUUAAAUUCAGUGUCAGAGAACUUGAUCCAUUGGUUUACCUGCUCUCAAGACUGGCAGAGGAUAAACAGGUUUGAAAAUUUGAUGUUCCUACUUUAGAGACAAUAGAGAAAUAGUUGCCAUGGAUAGUGAAUAGUCUUGCAGGAUCUUUCAGGAUUUUUUUUAGGGUUGUGUUUAUGAUUCACUGUCUAAUAGUUCUUAUUCCUGUAUGAUUACCGUUACUGCAGCUUUAAGAUCUUACCAUGGAUGGAGCAAGAUCACUGUAGUUAAUAUUUGCAGUAAAACAUCUUUUUUCUAGAUGCUAACUUUCCUCGAAAAGAACUCAAAGGAUCGCUCUAAGGCACAUCUUGUGGCUAUUUCAAGUGGAGCCAAAAGUAGUGUAAUAGCAAAAGCUGAUGCUGUACAGGAUAUCAUACCUCCAUCAGGCCCCAUGUCGCAACAUGAACUUAAUGAGGUAACCAUGGAAAUAGCCUAAGAAUAAAACAGAAUGAUUAUAUACAUACGAUUAUAUUAGGAGGAAAUGUUCAGAUGGUAGACUUGUUCAUGAUUACUGCUGAUGAAGAUUGACUUAAUGUUAUCCUGUAGUCUGUUCAUCUUAUGAUGAUAAUACUGAUAACUGAACUAUUAUAUGAAACAGAAACUGAGGUUUCCACAACCUGCAAAAAGUCUUUGUCAGAGUCAAAGUAUUUUUCUCUUACUAAUAAUUGUUCUUUUCAGAACUAUUCACAUCCCAGCACUCAAAAUACAUGAUAAACUAACUUUGGUAUUGAACAAGGGGUAUGUGCCAUCUAUAUGUUGAGAAAAAGAAUUAAAUUGACUAAGAUUACCUCAGUAAUAAAUUCUUUUGUUAAUCGUUGUGUCUAUCACAGCUUCGUACUAAGCUUGCCUCAGUCACAAGUAGUAAUAGCCAAUCAGGAUCAUCUCCAGAGGCUGUACUUAAAGCCUUGCGAGAGAAACAAGCAAGGAGGACUGGUAUGUCAAAACAGCUUACAGAUUCUAGAUUCAUUUGUUAAAUGUUAUGGUCAAGAUUCAGUGCUACAUAUAAUGAUGAAUGUUUUUCUGAUCUGUCUUUGAAUUUGUAAUCUGUCUGUAAAGUCUAUCAAUAUUCCAGUUACAUGUAUAUGGUCACAACUUACAACACACUUUUAAUCAAUAUUCACAUCACUUAAAUACAUUUCACAACAUUAAUAUUCAUAGUUAACAUACAGUCAUGCAGUCACGUCAUUCUAUUCUUAUGAGAAAUGCAUACUUAGAGAUACAACACUAUGCUGUCUGUAUGUUGUGCUUGGCAGGUAAGGAAAGGGCAAGAAGAUCAAAUUUGCAUGAUACAAGCAGGUUUUUCCAAGUCAAAACAAGUUAAAACAGUGCAGGGCUACAUGUAUCUCUAUGCAGGUUAUUUUUUAAUCUAAAUUUUUUUUUAUUUUCAUAGGGAAUUUACCACCCACUCCUUCUUGGGUCACUGAACGGCCUUACUUAAGCAGAGAUUAUGUUUCUGGAGCAGGCUCAAGUCAUGCCACUCCAGUAAGUGAAAAUUUCAUGAUAACAAUAAGUCAUGGUUUUCCCUCAGUUGGCUUAAAGACUGCUUAAAGCAUUUUCUUUUUUUUUUCUCCAGUUUAUCAUUAUGAUACCAGGGUAUAUCAUUAUUAAUAAUCACAAAUAAAUGCUUGGGACAAAUACAAAUGAAACUGGAAGAAAAAACAAGACCCUCCCCAUUACUGUGUUCUCACUGUUUAUGUAUUUUACUAAUAACUUGCCUUGGUUGUGGAUACUUUGCAGCCUGUGUCAGUUGGUACGUUACCUCUACCAAUGCAGGAGUUAGCUAUUGUGGAAGAUCUUUUAUUCCUUAUGAUGGUGAGGGCUUUACUCAAAAUAAAAAAGAUGAAAUGUUUAAAGUCUCAACUUACUUGAAGGUGUACUGUUAGGUCUCAACUUACAAAAAUUUUAUUCUAUGGCAUUUUUAGUAUUUAAACGGUAUGUCGAACCAAUUCUUUCUCAUUUACUGUGGGCAGUUGCUUUUGACAAACCAAUUUGUUUGAAUUUAUUUUAGGGAGUGGAGGGAAAAUAUUUGCUUGUAAAACCCCUGAAAGACAAGUACAGUGCAAGGAGUUUUACCAUUGACAAGACUCUAGGUAAUGUAACUUGCUUACUAGGAAGACUUCAAUUGAAUGUGAGAUGAAAAUUUCUUGUCCAAAAGCUUAAAAUAGUCCAAAUUGAGAGAGGUUAUCCUUUGACUCAUUCCUGUUGCAUUUCAAGCCACUGGGAGUAUUGUGUCCUUGCCUGGAUGAGAUGGUGUUUCAUUUCAUCAGCAGGUGUUUCAUUACAUAUUAAGGUGCUAAUGGGCAUCCUUAUGAAGGAACCUAACCAAAAAAUUUAGAUCAGAAGUGAACUCCUAUAUUCCAUGUGAUUGUAUGCAGGUGCUUAGUCUCUUAUGUAUCCUGGUGCUCAGCUACCACUGUGCCCAGUUUCCUCCUUCUAAGAAGAACCCUGCAUCAGGCUUUGAUGGCUUCUGGUUUAUUCUCAGCUUUCUGGCAAGGGGCUCUUUGUACACUGCAACACAUGACACAAUGACCUUGAAAUCUAAAAAGUGACCUUUUGAUCCAUAGUCAAUGACACUUACCAUUAAACCAUGUGUCUCCUAUACUUAAGUUAAGUUUAACUUCAGUCUAUCCUUGAAUAUUACAGUCUGUCAUAUUUGCUAUUGAUUUUGACAUCUAUAUGUAAUUGGUAGGAUGGGCUGAGUUUAACUUGAAUGGUUCUUUGUUACAGAUGAGUGUAUGUGUUUGUGCUACUGAUGAAGAUCUUUUCUCACAGAGAUAACACUUUUGGAGCUGGUGCAAAGGAUACUGCCAGUCUGCUCGAACUACUCAACUAUCUGCAGAUUCAUGGAAGGUAUAUUCAAGAUAACCCUUUAACUCUCAGAUCAAAUUUGUAAUUUCCUUACUGUCAACCAUGCAAUUCUAUUAAUAUUAGUCCAGAGAAUUUAGUAUUGGAUCAACUAAUUAUCCCCUAAUUGAUAUUUUUCUUUAUUCUCAUCACUUAUCUGGUUGAUACUGUAUCGAUAUUGCAAGGAGAAAUUCUGGCUUGAUCACUUAUGGGAAUUAAAGGGAUAAUCAUACUCAUAAAGCCAUUGAAAGCAUUAUUAAGAGAUUUUUGGUUUAGUUACAAAAAAGAGAUUUCUUUUGGUCUCCUAGUCUGACUAUUAUUUCAUUGAUGCUGUAACUGGAAGAGAAAGAAACUUUAGGAAGGUUUAGGGAUAUUCAUCUCAUUGUUUAAUCAUAAUUACUUUUAUUGGCUGUUUUUUCUUCUUUCAGCAAAAUCUUCCUUUGAACAUGGUCUUGUAAAUCAUGCUUUAUGUGCUGCAAUGAGGACAUUAUUGAAGGUGAUAUGAAGUUAUUUAUAUUAUCAGACUGACUAAUGAAUGAUGCCAUUUUAAACUUUUUGAUCUACAUUAUUGAAAUUUAAGUUGUUCUCAGUUGCUAAUUUAUUGUGUGUCAACUUAAGAAACCCCUUGAAGAAGUUAAUAAUAAAAAUUUGAUAUAUAAAAAAAUCUUCUCACAGGUAAAUGAGGAAACUAUGAACACAGAAGGUUAAGACUGAGUAUGUGUUGUGUAGAAUUCACACCCUCACAACCACCAGAAAUGCACACAUUAAAUACUAUUAAUAAUGUUAAUUUUUAGUGAUGUAGUCAGGUAUUGUAAGUUCUUGAUUUAUAUGCUGUUUUUUUCUUCCAAAGGAAUAUCUCAUUCUUGUAGCACAACUGGAACAUCAGUUUAGACUGGUCAGUAUCAACUGUAACCUUUAAGACAAAACUGAUUUUAAUUAAUUCAUAGCUUCUAACUGUUCAUGCUUGAAGUUGGCUGCCAUGUAGUUUAUGUCUUCUGAAGUUAUUGGAAUAUUGUUGGUUGGCAUGGGUGAUUUUAAGAUUUAUAGCUUUAAGUUUAUAAGCUCUCUGUAAUUUAUGUGUUGGAGGAAGUACCAAUACAGCAAUCCUAGAUCUACAGUGGGGAUUUUAGUAAGAAGUGAACUGCCAGAAGAAGCCCUAGAGAAUUGUGUACAAUUAAACAAGAGAAUAUUCUUUCAUGUGGUUAAGAAUACCUCCUGAAAGCCAGUAAUAGCUGGAGAAUUCUCCAGUCUCUUGACACCCUGGUAUUGAAUGAGUAAGAUGGAGGGAAGCUUGAGCCGAAAGUAAAAAUUGCACCGAGGAGGUGAACGAAAGAAGGAGGUCUUGAAUGGUUUCCUCUUCUCUGCUGUUGGUGGCAAUUGCUAGCUACAUUGUCUGGAGAACAUAUUCAAUGCUCAAACCCGGAAAAGACGUACAUAGCAAGCUAGAUAUACUUUUAUCUAACGAGACCUAAGAACUAUCAGCUCUCAAACUCUUAAUAUAUUCCUUUUGUUGGUGAGGUUGUAUAUAUAAGUUUUGUGACUUACAUGUCUCUCUUGUAUGCUUAUACUGUAUUUGCUUUAGGGUCAGCUGUCAUUGCAGAAACUGUGGUUUUAUAUUCAGCCUUGUAUGAGAACUAUGGAGAUACUGUCAUCUAUAUCAGUGGCUAUUGAUAAGGUUAGUAGGAUAAGUAGUAUUUAAGCAGUAAAUGGUUAGCAAUAACUAAGGCAUUCACAAGCAUAACUUAUCAAAUAAAAAUUCAUAGUAAUUUGCAUGGAAAAAAGUAGAGGACAGGAGUUAACUUAAGUCAUACAAGGGAUGUAAACCAUCUACAGUAUACAACCACCUCUCAUUAACUCAUUUAAUUACCAAUAAAGUAAGUUUGUGUUAUAUGUCAGCUGUCAGGUGGCUUUUGUAAGUCUCUUUGCUAUUUUUCCACUUCUUCAAAUUACUUUUUUUUUUUCUUUUUCAUUUUACUUUUAUUAAAUUAAAUGUGGUUUAAAAUUCUCUCUCCCUUAGGGAAGUUGUAAGGGAGGAGCUGUGUUGACACUGUUACAUGAAAAGACUGUAGGAUAUACAGGGUAUGUGUUUUGUUUUAAGGCCAUCAAUAGUGGUCUACAAAAAAAAUUGAUUUUUCCAGCUUUUGUUUUCCUAAAUGUUUUUCAUACAUCAGUGUCAACUUGAUGUUAUUUACACAGGGACAGGAAAUCCCAAGAUCUCUGCUUGUUUCUCACUCAGGCAGUAAGUGUAAUUAUACUUUGCAUAUUGUUGUGUAUUGUCAUUUUGAAAAUUUAGUAGUAUGUAAAAUUUUAUGUGUAAUCACUACCCCAGCAGUUAAGGAAGGCAUGUAUCAUGCAUGUUACUUUACUCUGUACCACAAUUAUGCGGCAAAAUUUUUCAAUCCAGAAAAUCCCUCUUUGUGACAAAAGAGUGCAAAGUUUGGAAGCAAGCGGAGAUUAAUUAACUGUUUUUUUGGCCUGGUACUCCUAUGGAUACCUCAGGAGAGCACAGAGUUGACUUUGACAUGAACCCUUUAGAUGGAAUAAUGAUGGAGUUCAAAAUUAUGUUUUAAUUGUAAUCAGUGUUCUCCCUUACUUAAGUACAACAGGUAAAAGAAAUUUUCAAACUGGUAGAGCAAUCCUUUUAGUGUGUUGAGUUUACAAGAUCUUCUAGCAAAUUAGGCUGUAAUAAGAGUUACUACUGGGGAAAUUUUACCAGUUACCAUCUAAAAGGUGAACACUGAUAAUAGGAAAAAAAAAACACUGAAAAAAAGGCAGUACAAAAUAUGUACCAACCUAACCAACACUUUUAAUUAAUUAUACAGACCACUUCAUUUUAGAAUAUUACCCCUUUAACUCCCAAGAUGUGAUUGUUAAUUCUCCCCUCUGGUUGCUACACAUUCCCUUGUAAAAUAUUUGUGAGAAUUUGGUGUUGGAUCAAGAUAACAACUUAUGCUUGAUACAUCUGUAAGUUUGAGUAUUCUCAUCACCUGUUUGCUGGAUGAUGUAUGAAUAUCAUAGGGAGAAGUUACAUGCUAAUCACUUCUAGGAUUUAAAGGGUUAAGGCAAAAUGAAAGAGAAAGGAAAGUUGGGUAUGCAACCCAUCAAGGCACCUCCCUUCCUAUGGUGUUCUGUUCGAUGGGAGUCAGCUCUCAUGGUGACACUUUUAACAGUUGAUUUGACAACUCUAAAAAUAUAUUUAUCCAGUUACAGUUGUAUUGCUUAUUUAUGUUUUUGCCCCUGUGACAUAUUUGGAAUAAACUCCUGGUUAUUUUGGAUAUUAUUAAUAAUUGUUCCUUUUUUAUGCAGGCUUGUGUUCCAUAUUUUGAUAUCCUUGAGCAGUGGAUUUACAAAGGGAUUAUCAGUGAUCCUUAUUCUGAGGUACUUUGUAUUUAGAUUAUUAAUGAAUAGAUUGAUUUUAUCUAGUUGAUUGUUAUUUUUGUGUGUGUGUGUGGUUUUUUUUUUGGCCAUGCAACCUCUGUGUAGUUUCUUUUUUACGUUAUCUAGGGUUAAAAUGUCGUGUUUUAAUAAAUAAAUGUAUUUUUAAUCAUUUUUAAUUAGUUCCUUGUGGCAGAACAUGGUUCCAUUCAGAAAGAGAAGGUCACUGAAGAUUACAAUGAUGCAUAUCCUUUGAAGAUGUUUAAGAUUUUCAAUAAAUUAAUGAAGAACAAGCCACGCUAGUCUUUCCACAGCCAUUUUCCAUAGUUACCGAGUACCCCUUGACCCUUAAGAGUGACUAGCACCUAAUUUCUCCUUACAAUAACACCCCUGAGUCACACAUUUAGGUUACAAGAAUUAAGGAAAUGAUCACAAACCAAAUAAGCUCAAACAAAUUCUCCUUGUCAACACCCUAGAAGAUGUGUAGGGAACAGUAUGGAGAAUAUGCAUGGUGAUGUUGGGGUGUAAAGGGUUCAGUAAGUAAGGAAGCACGAGGGGUGAGAGUUUAUAAAUGGGUACAUCUACUGUUUCUUCCCCUCUCAGUGGCACUAACUUGGCUUGUAGUUUGGGAAGAGAAAAUGGCAGGUCUGUAAACAGUUUUAAGCCAGAUAUACUACCAUGAUAAAGCUAACAGAACUAUGUGAACUGAGUCUCGUUUGAAAAGAAGUUUCAGCUGUGAAUCAGAAAAGGGAGGUUAGCAUUUGAACAUUUCUGAGCAUGUCCAUCAAUUACAGAUAAUUUAUUGGUGAAUUUCUCUUGACUUUUGCUACUUACUGGGAGCAACGAUACACCGUUGUAAGAGAGAACAUUCCUGUAUUUCUGGAAAAGGUAACUAUAGAAUAUUUUUAAUAAACACAUGUAUCGCUGUAAACGAUUCCUAUGUACCUGGUUUUCUAAAAUGUAUGCGCCAGUGAAGGUUGGGCAUAAGAUGUUUCUCUCGGUAGAUCCUUUCAUGUGGACUUUUUAUACUACUUUUCUUUGAAUUUUUCCUUUCUUUUUCUUGUUGUUUGGCUUUUUGAUUCACAAAUUGUCGAAGAGGAAUAUAGUACCUAGAUUCAGACAGAUUAGGCAUGAUUAGGUGUGGGAUGAUGAGUGAAAUAUUUCCUUGGUUACACCCAAUCUACACUCAUCCAAUAAUUUUCAUGGUCAUUUGCUUUCGAAUAAAUUGCAAUUUAAAAGCUUUAUCUUCUUUACCGGUGAAGCAGUAGAAUUUUUGGGAAGGUAUAGGUUAACAUUUUUUUCACCUUUGUUCAAUUCUAUAGGUAGCACAAAACAUUCUCAGUACCGGGAAAUACUUGAAUGUUUUUCGACAGUGCGGUAAGUGUUUCUAGUACUGCAAAUGAAUAUUCUUAGUGUAAGCAGACAAUAUGUAAACGUUUUGCAAUAUGUUCAUAGGAAUAAAUAGAAUAAGACAGGUGGUAAAAUUUGAGUCCGUUGAUAAAAUAAAAAAGAUGUUUUUUGUCUUGUCACGAGCGCGUAGCGAUAAGUUCAGCGUUAGGAUGACAACAAGUGUAUAUAGAGCGCAGCAAGAGUUUUGUUGGUUUUGUUUCAUAUGUGCGGCAGCAUGGAAAGGAAAAUGUUAAAUAUAAAAAAAAGGAAAUCAGUCAAUUCAAACAAACAUAAGGGUUAGGUAUAAAUGUGAUAAACUUCAGCACAUGCAGGUCCUCUUGAGGUUAAAAUAUAUAUAUAUUUUUUACUUUAGGUCAGAAUGUCCAAUGCCCAAACGCUGAUGAGAUUAUUUACACACUUAAUGAGAGAGAAUAUGUUGAAAAGAUUGAAAAGGCUUACAGCUACGCUAGUAAGACACUGUUGGAUCUGCUGAUGGAUGAAAGGGCACUGAUGGCUCGAUUGAGGUAAGGGCGCUUUCCACUGACCACUGCGGCUUAAGUAAUUUGCCCCCGUUUAGUGCUUCGUUUGUUCACCGCAUGGGCAAAACGCGGCCAUGCCUGUACAAUUCACUAACGAAACACGCUGACGAUGUGGUUUCAGGCGAUAUUGCAGUUUGGUGGAGGCCUCAGUGAUAUUUUUUUUCUGUUUAUUUUUUGUUUUGUUUUGUUUUGUUUUGUUUUUUUGUUUAAAAGAAAUGCGGCACAUAGUUUUAGCUGCGUUUCCUUUCACUCCCAGGAUGAACUGCAUAUUAUUUUCAGGUCUAUCAAACAUUACUUUCUCAUGGACUUGGGAGAUUUCUUUGUUCAAUUCAUGGAUCUAGCUGAAGAUGAGAUGAAAAAAAACAUGGAUGGUAUCCUUUGGAAAGAGUUACUUACAAGGGGAAACUUUUAUUGCAUCAGUAAUAAAAAUGUCGGAUUGAAUAACAUUGCUUAGUUCAGAAUUACUUGGUGAAUGCCAUGUGGGUUUUAAAUGGUGCUUUUGUACAUUUUAUGUGAAGAGUUAUCUGUUGACUAGAUACUACUUUGGUGCACGGAAUUUGGUCUUUCCUUUGCUACUACUCUUGUUGAUUUGUUAAUUUGUGAUUUGGACUAGGCACGUGUACAUCUACUGUCCAUAUUUUUUAAAAUUUUUGAUGGAGUAGUCAUAAAGCAUUAUAUGACCAUGCACUCGUACCUAAACGUUACAGUUGUAGUUCUUUGAUUCAGUGUUAUUUAGAUAUAAUGCCUUCCAGACUGGAAACAUUGUUAGAGUUAGCUUUAAGGACAAGUACAGCAAACAAUGAUCCGUACAAAGAUGACUUGAGGUACUUUAUUAGAAGCAGUUUUCAAUUGAAUGUUGUAAAACCAAACCAAAGUAAUCCCAAAGACCAAUCAGAACGAAGGUUUACUCUAUCAUCAGCUAACGCGAACUCAAAGUGAAAGCAUGCGAACUGCUUGAGGCACGGGACGACGCUAUUGACCCAGUGUUUGUAUUUUUGCAUCUACUUUGUUGAGAGGAUGGGGCGAGUUUUCUGUAUCACAGAGCAGAGAUAAGGAAACCCAAAGCAUUCCAGGAUCAGUUUUUGAUACUUGAAAAUUGCUCUGUUUGUGCAGUGAUCAGUGAACAAACAUUUCACUGGGUUUGCUCGCGUUCCUCUGCCUUUGUUGCCGUUUUUUUUACCCUGGUAAAACGUCUUCUGUCGCGAUCGAAAUAAUGGCCGCAGAAGGUUUAAAGAAUGCGAACGCCAGGUAGUGACGUUAAAUGAGGAAAAAUAGACAUUUCAUUCUUUUAGCUUGCGCUUCACGGUCGCUCCCGCACCUCGCUGCGCUUAAGUGAAUCAAGCCCGACAAGUGAAUAAAGGGGGUAAGUUUCUAAAGAAACUGUGGUGCUGCGUCGGUGGGAGAGUGUAACAGGGUAAUUAAGUAUUAUCAACUGAGUUGAGAACAUAAAUUGGCCACCGUAAAGAGUUUAAAAGCUAACGUUUCGAGCGUUAGCCCUUUGUCAGACCGGCAAGGUCCAUUUUGUAUUUUUGGUUCUACGUUAGGGGGCGAACUCUCAAAGGAAUCAGGGAGUAAACUUGCAAUGGGGCGAAACCAUCAUAAACCCUGUUAUUCGCCCUCAGCCACAUAAAAUCAGAUCAAACCUUCAACCCUGUCUCAUUGUACGAUACUUGUGCGUCAUUUUGUUACAUUCUUCACCUUUCAUUUGCAGAGUCGAUUUGCUUCCCUAUGACCUCAUCACUCAGCUCUUUCGUAUCUUGUCUGUGGCUUAUGACAGUAAAGGUAAACAUACUCUAAGUGGUAAUUAUUGUGAAGUCUGCCUUACCAGAAUAUUUGUAGCAUUUCAACUGGUACGGUAUGUGAAACCAUUUGUUUACCUCAUCAAAAGUUAAGUUUGUAAUGUUAUACAUUUGUUGAGGAUUUUUCCCUCUCUCUCCACCCUUCCGCUUCAGGCACAACGACGUAUAAUCAGGAUCCCACUGAGCUCCAGAUAUCAGGUUAGUAAGCUAUUAUUUUUGUCAGUAAUAUGUACUUAUUGACUGAUCAUGAGUUGAGGAUGGGCCGGACAGGAAAAUCUCUGGUUUUCGGACAUGACGCAUGCACUUAGCUACGUCAUAACCGAGAGCCAAAUGUUUACCCGUCUGGUCUGACCUAACGACAAUUGAAUGAAAGAAUUUUAUCAUAUGUCCGCUGCUCUUUGAAGUUUCUCUUCCUUGCUUUCUUGCUACACUGUGCAAGUCACGGGGCCGGACGGAGGGUCACACAUUAGUAAUUCCUCAACGGAUGUUUUUUCUUUUUCAGGACUUGAAGCCUUCUCGUUUGAUUACGUGGUGAAAUGGCCCGUUUCGUUAAUCCUUAGCAAAAAAGUAAGAAUGAAACUUCUCUCGUGUUAAAAAAGUAUUUCAGAGUCUCCAUGAAAAGUAACGUUUUACAAGGACAUAAAAUUCAAACUCCAUGGUAACAUAUUUCGCUUCAUGAGUCGAAAAAUGGAACUGGGAUACUAAAAUGUUAAACUGCGAGGAACAUUUGGCCCGCAUUACUCUCCUCUUUUCUUCGUUUUACUUCACCUCCUCUCUCUGGAGAAACCAAUAAGUCACAUAUUCAAACAUUGCUAAUGCGCUGUAUUCCAAUAAAAGUUCCUUGUUUUUUGUCGUUUUUGCUCACUGAUCAAUUAUUUCAUUUUGUUUUUUUGUUUGUUUGUUUAUUUGUUAUGAAGGCUCUCACGAAAUACCAGAUGCUGUUUAGACAUUUAUUUUAUGCCCGUCAUGUUGAAAGACAGCUAUGCAAGUAAGAACCACUUCACCUGCUUUGCAUAUUUUUUUUCCUUCCGAAAUUGCAACAAGCAUUUUUCUGUUUAUAGUAUUAAUUUUGUGGGUGUUUCGUUCAGUGAUAACGUUUUUGGAAAUAAUUACGUUCCGUCGCGCAUAGAGUGCAUUUCGAUCGAGUGUCGCAAAACCAAAGGCUAAGCAGAUCAAAGGAUGAUAUAACCAAGAAGCCGAGCGAACUCAAAGUAAGAACAAGCAGACUGCCUUAAAUGCGAGAAACCAGGAGUGACCAAGUCGCGAUUGGUUUUAAUUUCCUUCGAUUGGUUGAGAGGAUGGCGCAAGUUUUCUGGGCCAAUCACAGAAUGUAAAGCAAAACCAAAGCAAUGCUGGAUUACUUUUAACACUCAGCUGAAAAUUGCCCUUAUAAAGUGUGAUUUUGGACUGAUUUAUUCCUUAUUUUUCAGUGUUUGGGUGAGCAAUAAGCGAGCAAAGCAGUUUACUCUGAAUUCUUCCCCAUGGUGAGUUAUGACGCUUAUUAACUAAACGUCCGGUCUCUUUCAUGUUUGAAAUGUGGAGUACGCUGCGCAUCAUAGUUGGUGCAUUGAACGCCAGACCGAUAGGGCGAACUACUCUACUGUUACACAAACUCCCCACCCACAGGUGUUAAUAAAGGAAUAUAAAUGGGCACUUGCAAACUGUUUAGGAAACCCUGAAAAAUAGCAAGGGCUGGGUGGAGGCGGGAGGGUGGGUAUUUUAUGUCACCCAAACAUAGAAACUAGAAUUAGCUUCUGUAGGUUUUUCCUAUCAGUUAUCUUGUUUUUAGACUCUAUCUUUGCAGGCAAAUGUUUAAUGCAACGUGAUGCAUGUUCUCAAUCGCCAUUGGGUGGAUAACAUAUCUUGAGUUUUUUUUUUACAAUGAAAGAACACUUGGUUCCUUCAGCUUCUUCUGUUUGAAAACAAUGAGGAAAUAGUUGUCGUUUUGCUCAUCUGGUUAUCACGCUGACGCCAAUAUCUUGUUACGUCAGGUAUGCAGCUGCGUUUGCUCUUCGUCAGCGGAUGCUGCACUUUGUACAGACAUACGAGCACUAUAUGAUGUUUGAGGUUCUGGAGCCCAGCUGGCAUGUUAUGGAGAAAAGUCUUAAAACGGUAUGAUACACAGGGAGAGCGCUCUUUAAUGGAUUAACAAGUUUAUUAGCUAUGAAAACGCUUUGGCUCAAGAGUAAGGGUUAGAAGUUUAUUUGUGUUUGGGGAGGCCGUAAGUUUACGGUUUUUAGGCCACAGUAAAUUUCGAUCUACUCUUCAGUGCCAGUGGACUCGCAUUCUUCCGUAAUCAAUAGGAACUCCAAGUGAAAUGCUGUAAAAUUCUUAAGCGGGUUUCUUUUCUAACUUUUCUUUAUCUUGCUGUGGAUAAAAAAAACCAUCUUCUCGAGUUUCACUUGGUUUUUCCUUGUUUACAAAGAUAUUCUUAAAGCGACGUCUAGUCAAUUGAACUGUCCUCGAAAAAAUUCGCCUCGGUAAUUUGCCUACAGAAGACUGAAUUUGUCCUCAUUGUGAAAUGGAAUUGCAAAGUAUCUCAGACUAGGAAUGCCGUGAUUGGUUUAGUUUUUAUAGUGAUAGCCUAGCUAGAACCUAUCACCAAAUAGUUAUCAAACUCAGCAAAAAUGAAAUCGAAGUGCAAAAUGUACAAGAUGUUAAUAGAAUUCGCCUUCCUUUUUUUACUUACUGGGAUAAGGCUAGCUAAGAAUGCAGCGAGUUUUCAUAACUGGAAGUCAACUGCGGUUUGUUGUCUUUUUGUUUACACAGGUUACAAAUAUCGAUGGUGUACUAGAAAAGCACAACGACUUUUUGGACCGCUGUUUGAAAGACUGUAUGCUGACAAAUAUAGAGCUGCUGAAGGUGAGGGCAGCAACGUCAUGCAAACGGUUUGAUUUUAGAGGAAAUAGUUGCGAGGGGAUCCGAAGUAGCUUUCAAAAAACCCCGCCUAGACUAGUUUGAAAGUUCGCUGAGUCUCAACUACACGAUGCUAACCAUGUAGUUUUUUUGGUAAUGCUGAUGUAAUAUGAUAAGUAACGUGGAAAGUGUUCACAGUAUGAUCUGAAGAGGUUUGGAAUGCAUGUUUACCCACAGGUUACAUUUACAAAGCUUUAUCGUUCUGUGGCAGGUUGUUAGCAAGUUAAUGCUGGUUUGUGUGACAUUCACGAAUUGUAUGCAGGUGAGGUAUUAAUAUGUUCUCUACACACACGACCCUCUUCAAAAUUUUGGCGGUUUAUGUGUUUGGCUUUUCGGUAGAGUGUGCAACGUUUUAUUCAGAUACGUCCGGCAAUUCCUUCCAAAGCUUUAGAAAGGGUCAAAUUAACAAUUCCUUAUAUGUUUCAUUGUAAGCGGUUCACCCAGAGCGCAAGCGUGGAAUCACAGGAGACCGAUGCUACAGGAGUGAGUCCAAUGAGUAAGAAAGGUCCACCACUGGGAGAACAAGAGAAGCGUAAAACUACCGCAAAGGUACAGGAGUCAUUUUUAAUGGGUUUGCAAUGGAUCAAGCACGUUUUUAGAAUCAAAUAACACGACUCAGAUGGUGAAACCCUGUGCUUCCAGACUUCCUGGUUAUCUAAAUGGUUUUUUUACGAACAAUUUCAACGAUAAACAAAUUAAAGAAUGUGAAAGCAAAGCCGAAACAUGGUCGUGUUACCUAUGACUUUCAAGUUCUCCGAACCUUUCAAUCUCGUCGCCCUCAGGAGUGAAGUCUUUUCUUAAAAUAGACUGACAAAAUCAAUCGAAUUCAUUGGGCCGGAUAGUUUUCUUCGAGCGUUUGCCAGUCCCCUUCCCCUCCCCAUCCCACAUUGUACUUCAUCACGGACAAUUGUUGGUUCUUGUUCCACGUAGGUUGUGUUUGAUCAUGUUGACCAAAUGAUCAGUGGCGAGGAUUUUGAACGCACCAUUCAGAACUUCGACAAUAAUUUUUCUCGUCAUUUGAUGGACUUGUUGGAGAAGCUUAGCCAUUACUCUACAACAGACUGUGAACAUCAAAUGCUGAAUAUCAUCGCCCGGCUGGAUCACAAUGGAUAUUACACGGCGCAAUUAGAGAAAUACGUUGCCCAAGGUAAACCCAGCUAGUCUGACCAUUUUUUUUCUAUUUAGAACCUCCGACUUUAAUUUCGCUACGAUACCAUGUGUUUUGUUGAGACGGCCGAAUAAAAAAUAGCUGUUCCCAAGAGAAAUAAAUUGUUGGUUUAACUUUUCCUCCUCGGGUUUUUUUUUUUCAUUUACUAGAAUCCGGUGCCCUUAGUGGAUCCUCGGAAUCAAAGACUGCAAUCAAGUCUUCCUCGUCAUUACUCUCAGCCUCAGUUGAUAAUCUGGCGGAUGUUCCCAUCGUUCCAGCUCAUUUACGUUCGGCAGUUUCUUUGGAUCAGCUGCAAAACGGGCAGAGCUACUUAGCUAAGCCAACAUCCUUACCUGACCUGUCGGACGGGAGAGCAAAGAAGAAAUAGUAAACAUUUCGUAUGAAAUGAUCACUUAGAACAGUUUUCUUCAUGUAUUAUGGGGGGGAUGGGGGAAGGAUAAAUAUCGCAAUGUCCCGUGAGGACCAUCAGUAGUAAGCGGUUAUUAAAUGUUCAUUAGCAAUGGAACGACGCAGUGGUAGCAUUUAAUUGAACCCUCAACGUCGCUAAGGGUGAAAGUGGUGAUACAAUCUCAUGCAAAGCCUUUUGCCUUCUUUAUCUUGGCAACGCACUCUGCAUUAGAAAGAGGUUUCACGCUUUACUAGGAAAAGAAACUCAGGAAUAUUCAGUCUACCUUUCUAAUCGAUCUGUUUUUUCUAAGACAUGAUCAAUUAAAAAACUUUUGAAAAUUCAGUUUUU